UGGUCUUUCGCUUUCUGAGACACACCCCCGUCAUCAGCGAGAGAGCGAGAGAGAGAGAGAGAGAGAGAGAGAGAGAGAGAGAGAGAGAAAGAGUACGCCAGCAACGAGAGAGAGAGAGAGAGAGGGAGAGCGAGGUGUACUUCAGAUCCCACAUGCCAUGGAAGAACAUGCUCUGUCCUUUUGGAUCUCCAUGGGAGUGAUGUCUGCUCUAGUCGGAGGUGCCAUGAGGAAGAUGCUGGCGACCCCCAUGAGUGCUGCCCCGACCCUAGCGGCCUGGCUGGGGGUGGCGGUGCUGGUGGAGAGGCUGUGCUCCCUCGGCCUGCCCGCCAUGCUGGCGCUGGUCACGCUCACUGCCGUUUGCUGCCUCAUCCCUGGCAGGACCCCCCCGGCACCCCCCUUGCCCACGGAGGGCAGGGCGGUCUUCAUCACAGGUUGUGAUUCUGGCUUCGGAAAGAUAACUGCUCAGAGGUUGGACGCGAUGGGGUUUGAGGUGUUUGCCAGCGUUCUUGAUCUGAGCGGAGCGGGAGCCCGUGAGCUGCAGCGAGUUUGUUCCCAACGACUCAUGCUGAUUCAGAUGGACAUCACCCAGUCCCAGGAGAUCGAGCAAGCUCUGGACAGAAUCAAGGCCAAAGUGGGUUUACAAGGUCUUUGGGGACUGGUGAACAACGCUGGGGUGUGCGUGAACUUUGGCGAUGCCGAACUCUCGCUGAUGUCCAACUACAGAGGUUGCAUGGAGGUCAACUUUUUUGGAACUCUCAACGUCACCAAGGCAUUCCUGCCGCUUGUAAGGCAAGCCAAGGGAAGGAUUGUGACCAUCUCCAGUCCUUCAGGUGAGCAGCCAUUUCCCUGUCUGGCAGCAUACGGUGCCUCCAAGGCAGCACUCAACCUCUUCAUCAACACCCUCCGACAUGAGCUGGAGCCCUGGGGUGUCAAGGUCUCCACCAUCCUCCCUUCAGCAUUCAAGACAGGUCAGUCGAGCAACAUUGAAUACUGGGAGCAUCAAUAUAAGCACCUACUCCAGAACCUUUCACCAGGUCUACUGGAGGAGUACGGUGAGGAGUAUGUCCUGGAGACCAAGGAACUCUUCCAAGCAUAUGCCAAGACGACGAGCGAGGACCUGUCCCCUGUGAUCAACACCAUUGUCGAUGCCUUGAUAUCGCCGCACCCCAAGAUACGCUACUACGCUGGCCCGGGCGUGGGCCUCAUGUACUUCAUCUGCAGCUUCUUCCCCGCAUGUGUCAGCGACCGCUUCCUGCAGAGACUCUUCGUGAAGAAGAAAGUCCUGCCCCGGGCGUUGCGCAAGCAGAAAGGCAGUAGCGACGACAACCACAACAACAUCGACAAAGUAGACAAAUCAACCUAACUCCACGUCAAGAUGCCAUAGGACCACCUGUCUCCAUGUGAUGUUUCUUUUGAUGCUGUGUCUUUUCCAUAUUUGUGUUCUGUACCCUUUGAAGGGAUCACACACUACAGAUGACUAGAGGCAUCAAAUUAGGUAUGAAAGUAGAAGGUAAUGUUCAUAACUCAUACACUUUUAGGUGGUUCAACCUGCUCCUUUGUGGAAAGGAGGAUUGUUGCUGGAGGACAGCUGAUACCCUGCCUCAUGUUCCAUCAAUAGAUGCAGAAUGAUGAGAUGAGUAGUAAUAUACCGCAUGGUGGACAUUACUGACCCUGUCAAACAGCCCAAUUGAACUCACACUAUUUCUGAGUGUGUCUCCACGUCCUGCUGUAGAGCUUCGAUGGACACUGGAAUCAAUGGACGCCCAGAGGUUCUGGACGUUCAGCCGUUUGCUGUGAGGAACAAGCCUGGAGUUCUGUAAGCCAGGCUCCGAAAAGCACACUGUAACGAUCCAAAGGAUCGACGCAGAAACCGUUUCUCAAGUAAUACCUCAGUUAUCACUUUUGUACAUAAAACACAUCCAUUAAUUUGUUUGUAAAAUAUGCAGAAAUUUCACGAGCAGUUUUAACUGUACUUUUCCUCCUGUGUCAGUUUCUUCUCCCUUAAGCCUCUUUGAAUAAUCAUAUUUAAGCCAGUUUCUUCCCAAAUCACCUAAUUUCGUAAAAAAAAA